AUGAAGCUAGACCUGGCCCUGGUGCUGGUGCUAGGGCUGGCCCUGUCCUUGGGGUGUGGCCAGCCUCCGCCGCAGGCCCCCAAGCGCCCCUUCUUGGUAUUGUGGAACGUGCCCUCAGCACAUUGUAAGGAUCGCUUUGGUGUGCACCUGCCACUUGAGGCCCUGGACAUCACAGCCAACUAUGGCCAGCACUUCAAAGGCCAAAACAUCACCAUCUUCUACAAGAACCGGCUUGGCCUUUAUCCCUACUUUGGGCCCAGGGGUACCAUUCAUCAUGGGGGCAUCCCCCAGCUUGUGCCCCUUGGCCACCACUUGGCACGGGCUGCCUGUCAAAUCCGAUACAGUCUGGGACCUAACUUUGCUGGUCUGGCUGUACUGGACUGGGAGGAGUGGUAUCCACUCUGGGCUGGGAACUACGGCCGACGGCGGGCUUAUCAGGCAGCCUCAUGGGCUUGGGCACGGCGCGCAUUCCCUCACCUGGAUCCCCAGGAGCAGCUCCAAGAGGCCCGUACUGGCUUUGAGCAGGCAGCCCGUGUGCUGAUAGAGGACACACUGUUGCUGGGCAGGGCACUGCAGCCCCGUGGACUGUGGGGCUUCUAUCGCUUCCCAGCCUGCAGCAAUAGCUGGCACAGCACGGCCUCCAACUACACCGGUCGCUGCCACACAGCCACCCUUGCCCAAAACAACCAGUUGCAUUGGCUCUGGGCUGCCUCUAGUGCCCUCUUCCCCAGCAUCUACCUGCCCCCCAGGCUACCACCUGCCUACUACCAGGUCUUUGUCAAACACCGCCUGGAAGAGGCCUUCCGCGUGGCUCGUAUUGGGCACUUGUAUCCUAUGCCGGUCCUAGCCUAUUCCCGCCUCACACACCGGAGCUCAGGGAGGUUCCUAUCCCAGGAUGACCUUGUGAAGACCAUGGGUGUUAGUGCAGCCCUAGGGGCAGCUGGCGUGGUGCUCUGGGGAGACCUGAGUUUGUCCAGCUCUGAAGAAAAAUGCUUGCAUCUCCACAAUUACCUAGUGGAUACUUUGGGCCCCUAUGUGAUCAAUGUGACCAGGGCUGCCAUGGCCUGCAGUCAUCAGCAGUGCCAUGACCAUGGGCGCUGUGCACGGCGAGACCCGGGACAGCUGGAGGCCUUCUUGCACCUGCAGCCGGAUGGUAUUCCUGGAACUUGGGAGUCCUUCAGGUGCCACUGUUACCCAGGCUGGACUGGACCUACCUGCACAGAGCCCAGGCCUGAGCCUAAGGGAGACAGCAGGAAGCCAGGAGUCAAUUGCUCCUAA